UCCCUCUAAUAAACGCCUUAGGUUGACAUUUUCAAUGGCCGGGCAAACUCAACCCAAACCCAAACAACAUGAAAGCAGGACAUGAAUUCUGUCGAAUUGAAUUCCUCUACCUCUCCCUCUGUCACACCAUUGUUCUGUUUCUCCUCUGAAACUGCUAACAAUUGAAUCUUAACAACAACAACAACAACAAAAACCACAACAACUAUGAAUCCGUUUACGAUGGUGAAGGAGAUGUGGAGGGCUUUCUUUUUCGUUUGGUCAAUCCAAUUUUGGAGAAUGUCACUGCUCUGGACACUUUCUAUUCUAUAUUCUCAUUUCCAAUUGUUCAAAGCUUCCAUCUAUUCUCACAAAAUUGUCUCCUAUCCCAGAUGCUUCCCUUCCACAACGCCUCGUAGACCCGUUUGUGUCAUCACCGGUGCAACAUCUGGUCUGGGAUUAGCUACUGCUCACCAACUUUCCAAGGAUGGAUAUGUUGUUGUCAUUGUUGGACGUUCAGAGCAGUUAUUGUCGGAGGCCAUAAGAAAGAUCAAAGGCUGGAAUGAAGAUGCCUGCCUCAAAGCUUUUCAGGUUGACAUGUCAUCAGUUGAGUCAAUCAUGAAGUUCAAAAUGUCAUUGCAGCAAUGGCUUUUGGAUUCUGAUUUGCACUGCUCGGUACAAAUACUGAUAAACAAUGCUGGAAUACUUGCAACAUCACCUAGAGCCACAGCUGAGGGCUAUGAUCAGAUGAUGGCAACAAAUUAUAUUGGUGCAUUUGCUUUAACCAAGCUUCUAUUACCACUCCUUGAGUGCAGUCCUGUGUCUUCCAGAAUUGUGAAUGUGUCAUCCUUUACUCAUCGAGCUGUUAUUGAUAUGCAGGUAGAUGAAGGAACUGUAUCUGGGAAGAGAUUCUUGAGUUCAAAACAAUAUCCAUAUGCAAACAUCUAUGAGUAUUCUAAAUUAUGCCUACUUCUCUUCUCAUUUGAGCUUCACCGACAGCUUUGCCUGAUGGGUAAAUCUCACCAGAUAUUUGUUAGUGUUGCAGAUCCUGGAGUUGUACAGACAAACAUCAUGCAAGAAGUUCCAGCAAUUCUAUCUUGUUUGGCAUUUUCUGUACUGAAACGUCUACGCCUAUUGCAAUCCCCUCAGUCUGGGAUUAACUCUAUUAUUGAUGCUGCCCUUGCUCCGCCAGGGAUAUCAGGAGCUUACUUUUUUGGUGGAAAAGGUAGGACUAUCAAUUCUUCUGCACUUUCCCGAAAUGCCAAGUCAGCACUUGAGCUUUGGGAAACUACGAGUAAUCUACUAUCGGUUACCCCUUUCGGUGUUGAGGGUAAAAGUUAGCACUGAUCGCAUGUCAAUUGAGUAAUCGAUUGGCUUAUUAGCUUAGUUGGUUAAAGAGUUGCGGUAAUAAUGUGAAGGUUACGUGUUUGAGACCUGCAUGUGCCAUAAUUUUAUUUUAGAAGAGGAGUUUUGGCGCAACGGUAAAAAGUUGUUGCAAUGUGACUGAGGUCACGAGUUCAAGUCCUCAAAAGAGCCUUGUGUAAAAAACAGGUAAGACUGCUUACAAUAACCAAGUGGUUGGACCCUUCCCCGGUUCCUGCGCAUAGCAGGAGCUUUGAUGCAUCGGGCUGCCCUUUUUUUACUGAUCACAUGUCAAUUGUCAUGUUGUAUAUUACAUAGGUGCCUAUUAUCUCGUAUGAAGUUCUGAGGUUUCAGUGCAUGCUAGUACACCUCUUUGCUUAUUCUCAUGAUCUUUCUUUAUCAUUUAAGAAUUAUCUUGAAUUUUUUUAUUUAAACUUAUAGUAUAUGCAGUUCUUGGAA